GAGCAGAGCGGAGGUUAGAAGCGCCAUCUCUCCAACACACACCCCCCCACUCACACGGUGACUGACACUCAGCGGCUGCCUCUGUACCCAGGACCGGUCCUCCAGCCUCUUAACCGCCGCAAGCUCCUUCCACCUGUCUGCAGCCAUGCUCGAGACCAGUAGUGAUGAACUGUUCCUGCCUACCUGCCAAGAUGAGGUGCUGGUGGACAACCUGCUGUCCAGUGAGGAUGGGGACGACGCAGGCCUGUCCCUGGCCAAGGCCCUGCUUCCCCUGGUCGACUGCGCCUCCUCUUCCCCCAUCCCCUGGGUCUGCUCCACCCGCUACAAGACGGAGCUCUGCACCAGCUACUCCACUACUGGUUUCUGCAAGUACGCCGAGCGCUGCCAGUUUGCCCACGGCCUCCAUGAGCUCCACGUUCCCUUCCGCCACCCGAAGUACAAGACUGAGUUGUGUCGCAGCUUCCACACAACUGGCUACUGCUACUAUGGCAGCCGCUGUCUGUUUGUCCACAGCUCCACUGAGCAGCGCCCUGUCCUACGCCGCCGCAGGAACAUCCCCUGCCGCACCUUCCGCUCCUUUGGCGUCUGUCCCUUCGGCACUCGCUGUAACUUCCUGCACACUGAGGGAGAAGUGGCUGGAGAUGUCAGCAGUGGUCUGAAGACUCCCGAUGUUUGUCUGAAGACUCCUGAUGUUUUUGUGAAGACUCCCGAUGUUUUUGUGAAGACUCCCUCCACUCUCAGCCCCCAACUCCAGCCACCGACCAAGGAGUGGAAGCCCCGAGGAGCUCUGUGCCGUACCUUCAGCUCCUUCGGGUUCUGCUUGUAUGGUACACGCUGUCGCUUCCAGCACGGCCUCCCCAACAAGACCAAAACCUUUGACCAGAGUCCAGGAGGAUCCCUAUACACCAAUCCAUCUGUUGGCAGUUCAGGUUUACCGUCCCCGUCUUUUUUCAGUUCCACCCCAAACUCUUCAAGCUCCUCGUCUCCUCCCUCAGCCUCUCCUCUCACCACCCCGCCUGCAGAGGCCAUAGCCCACAAUGCCUUCACCUUCUCCAGCCAGCACCUGAGUGACCUGCUGCUGCCAUUGGCUCUUCACCUGCAGCAGCUGGAGACCAGCAAGGCCCAGGAGAUAUGGGACAACAGAGCCGUUUAAGUGGUGGUUGGAAUCCGCAUUGCACACCCCAGCUCAAUGAAAUCUUUUUAAUCCUUUUUUUUAAAAUUGUUUUUUAGCCCUCGUUCAAUGGGCAUUUUCUUACGUUGUGGGUGUUUGACUUGAGUGUUUGUUAGCAGGUCAAGCAGGCCUUGAGCUGUUUAGUAGUAGAUCAGAGGUAUGGAAUAGUUCUGGACCUCCUGUUUCAGGUUCAGCUAUGAGUGUCAUUAAUCUUUUAACUAUUGUACAUACAUUAUUAAUAAACUUGAUAAAUGAAAUGUCUCACCUCAGCAUUGUGAAUAAACUAUUUUAAUCUCUAA